AUGGUUCUUAUUAACUCUACUUUGUCAGCUUAUCCAUCUUAUCAGAUGCAGUGUUUUGAAUUUCCAAAAUCCGUUCUUGAUGAAUUUGACAAGUUGCAGAGGGAUUUUUGGUGGCAGAAAGACAACCCUAAGAAAGAAUUUUACCCUAAAGCUUGGGAUGAUAUUAGGACUUCUAAAGUUUCUAGUGGUAUUGGGAUUAGAGAUCCUUAUAAGGUUAAUAUGUCUCUUUUAGCUAAGUUAGCUUGGAGGAUGUUGAAAAAUCCGGAGGAUUUAUGGGUUAAAAUUCUUAGGGGGAAAUAUUUUCCUAGAGCGCACCCUUUUCAUAAGAACAAGGAUUAUGAAAUUUCUUGGAUAUGGCAUAGUAUCAGAUCGGGUCUGCAAAUUAUCAAGGAAAAUUGCAUAUGGCAAGUUGGAGAUGGUAGAAGCAUUCAUGUGACUCUAGAUAAUUGGAUCCCUGAUGUGGGUACAUUGUCUAAUUGGCAUAAUGAAGAUAUUAAAUUUGUAUCUGAUCUCAUUACAGUUGAGGGUGGCUGGAAUAUUGAUCUAAUUGAUUCUAUUUUCCAGCCAAGGAUAGCAAAUAAAAUCAAAUCUGUACAUCUCUCAUGA